AUGUUGAAGUUCUUACAGUCUUCUUCACCCAAGGCCUUGCGUGCUGCCCACACUAACGCUGGUAGAUUAACUGCUCGUGGUCUUCAUUAUGCUAAGCCUGCCAUGCAGGUCAUGUCCACAAAUCCUCUUCGCGCAACUGAGGCUACCGGUUCCAUUGCUAGCAAAUACCCCAUCAUCGAUCAUGAAUACGAUGCUGUUGUUGUUGGCGCUGGUGGUGCUGGUCUUCGUGCUGCUUUUGGUCUUGCUGAAGCUGGUUUGAACACUGCUUGUAUUACCAAAUUGUUCCCUACUCGUUCCCACACUGUUGCCGCUCAAGGUGGUAUCAAUGCUGCUCUCGGUAACAUGACAGAGGACGACUGGAGAUGGCAUAUGUACGAUACCGUUAAGGGUUCUGACUGGCUUGGUGACCAAGAUGCCAUUCACUACAUGUGUCGUGAAGCUCCCCACACUGUCAUUGAACUCGAAAACUACGGUGUACCUUUCUCUAGAACCCCUGAGGGUAAGAUCUACCAACGUGCCUUUGGUGGUCAAAGUUUGAAGUAUGGUAAGGGUGGUCAAGCCUAUCGUUGCGCUGCCGUCGCCGAUCGUACUGGCCAUGCUAUUCUUCAUACUUUGUAUGGUCAAUCUCUUCGCCACAACACCAAUUACUUCAUUGAAUACUUUGCUCUUGAUUUGAUCAUGGAAGAUGGUGAAUGUAAGGGUGUUAUUGCUUUGAACAUGGAAGAUGGUACCCUUCAUCGUUUCAGAUCUCACAAGACUGUUCUUGCCACUGGUGGUUACGGUCGUGCUUACUUCUCUUGUACUUCUGCCCACACUUGUACCGGUGAUGGUAACGCCAUGGUCGCUCGUGCUGGUCUCCCUCUCCAAGAUCUUGAAUUCGUUCAAUUCCAUCCUACUGGUAUCUAUGGCUCCGGUUGUCUCAUCACUGAAGGUUCUCGUGGUGAAGGUGGUUAUCUUGUCAACUCUGCUGGUGAACGUUUCAUGGAACGUUAUGCUCCUACUGCCAAGGAUUUAGCCUCUCGUGAUGUCGUUUCUCGUGCUAUGACUUUGGAGAUUAAGGCUGGUCGUGGUGUUGGUGCUGAGAAGGAUCACAUCCAUCUUCAACUCCACCACUUACCUCCUGCUGUUCUUCAUGAACGUUUGCCUGGUAUUUCAGAAACUGCAGCCAUUUUUGCUGGUGUUGAUGAAAAGCCCAUCCCUGUUUUGCCUACCGUCCAUUACAACAUGGGUGGUAUCCCCACCAAGUACACAGGUGAGGUAAUUAAGGUGAAUGAUAAGGGUGAAGAUGAGGUUGUUCCCGGUCUUUAUGCUGCUGGUGAAGCAGCUUGUGUCUCUGUUCACGGUGCUAACCGUCUUGGUGCCAACUCUCUCUUGGAUAUCGUUGUUUUCGGUCGUGCUGUCGCUCACCACAUUGCUGAGACUCUCGAACCCAACACUCCCAUGAAGCCUUUUGCUGCUGAUGCUGGUGCCGCUACCAUUGCCAACUUGGACAAGCUCAGAAACUCUGAAGGUCCCAAGCGUACAUCUGAGAUCCGUCUCAACAUGCAAAAGGUCAUGCAAUCUGAUGCUGCUGUUUUCAGAACCCAAGAGACUCUUGAUGAAGGUGUUGGUAAGAUUGAUAAGGUUUGGGCAUCCUUCAAGGAUGUUGGUGUCACUGACCGUGGUAUGAUCUGGAACACUGAUUUGUGUGAGACUCUUGAACUUCAAAACUUGUUGACCUGUGCCUCUCAAACCAUGCACGCUGCUGCUGUCCGUAAGGAAUCUCGUGGCGCUCAUGCUCGUGAUGAUUUCCAAGAACGUGAUGAUGUUAACUGGAUGAAGCACACCCUCUCUUGGCAAGAUCAAGAGACCGGUGAAGUCAAGCUUGACUACCGUUCUGUCACUGAUACUACCCUCGAUGAAGCCGAGUGCAAGCCCGUUCCUCCUUUCGCUCGUGUCUACUAA